AUGGCUGGACUAGAGAUACUUGCGAGAGAAAGUUUGCCUUCAUUACGAAGCAGUAGCCAAGCCUCUCUAAUGAUAGCUCAAGGCUUAGAAGAUGGCGACGAAACGAGUUGGUCAUGGCAUUACUUGAAGGAAAAGUUCCGGCUGUCCGAAACGGAGAAACUGUUCUACAAAUACCACGCUCGAGUUCAACAUUCGAUCUUCAUGAGUUUUCUCAUGUUGAACAUUUUGUAUUAUUGUUGUUCUAUAAUUGGAUUUUUUCUUCUAACACAGAAAGACAUCGUUUUUCCAGUAUCUGUACGGUUUGCUGCCCUCAUGGCCCAUCUGAUAACAUAUAUUUUGGCGUAUAAGGAAAUGUGGUUCCGGGAGGAAAUCAUUAGGACUGCAGUUGCGGCUUUCUUUGUGUUUGUGAUGCUUGGAAGUGAGCAUGUGAAAAGUUUACAUGAUUUAGUCACCUCGGAAAUAGAAGUUAAUCACCGGAUUCGACCAACCUAUUAUAUCCUUUUAGCAACUUACGUGAUGCUACCGUUUCCUCACAAAUACCAACAUGUUUUAGCAGGAAUCAUAGUAACCGUUUUUGAAUUACUAAUUACGUCUCUAACACAUCAGAAGUCACAGUCGGAGAGGAAUCUGUUGCCCAAAAUGAUGAUAGCAGACACCAUAUACUAUUGUAUAGUUGGCUUCAUCGGGUUCUACAUCAGAUUUCUUCUAGAACUGAUGAAUCGUCGAUCUUUCUUGGACAGACGGGAAGUGACUGAAUCCAGAUACUUACUGGAGAAUGUUAAAAAGCAAGAAGAGAUGUUGCUCUACAGUAUUCUUCCGAAAGACAUUGCAUCCGAAAUAACCGAAUCUGUUCUUAAUGUGCUUUACGAGAUGGAUAAAAAGCCAAACCUGGAAAAGAAAUACGUCAGUCAAACAUUCAACCAAUUGCAUGUGAAGCAACAUCGAAAUGUGAC